UCUUCAUUCAAUGCUGCUGUGGGGCUCCCUGCCAAACACAGAAUGGACUGUCAACACAGAAACAUGGCUUCCUCUGCAACGGGCAAGACGAAUAACAGAGAUAACGCUGUAAACGACGGUCCGAAAUGUCACGAAGAGUCUUUGUCGCAGUUACGGGAAAUAAUAAAACCCACCAUAACGGAGCUAACCAAAGAAGUGAGGACGAACAUCCUCUGCACCGUGGAAGGAUGUGGCAAGAUUCUGCCCAACACACCUGCAUUGAACAUGCAUCUUGUUAAGUCACACAGAAUAAAGGAUGGUAUGGUCAAUCCCACGGUCAGAAAGGACAUGAAAGGCUCUCACAAGCUUUACUGCUGUCCCAUUGAGGGUUGUCCCAGAGGGCCAAACAGACCCUUCUCCCAGUUCUCCCUGGUUAAACAACACUUCAUGAAGAUGCAUGCAGAGAAGAAACACAAGUGCUUCAAGUGCAACAAUGGCUACAGCACAGAGUGGGACCUAAAGAGGCACAUAGAAGACUGUGGGAAGACCUACCACUGUACAUGUGGCUGCCCCUAUGCUAGUAGGGCUGCACUGCUUUCACAUAUCUACAGGACAGGCCAUGAGAUUCCUACAGAACACAGAAUUCCGCCAGUCAAAAAGCGAAAGAUGGAGAAACUGUUAAGUGGUUCUGAAAAGGUCAAGACCAGUGAGUUGACCUGUCAGAUCAUGUCUGUUAGUAAAGAGCAGACAGAGACUACUUUCUCUUCUGAUACAACUGUUCAUAUCCCAGACUCAGUGAAUCAGAACUCCAACCCUCGUAAGAACCUCCAGAAGUUGCUCCUACCAAAGCCCAAGAUGGCUUUGGUUAGUGUUCCUGUGAUGCAGUUAGCCCACCUGCCAGUCCUCCUUCCAUCUACAGAGAGUGGAGCUCUGAGGUCUGUAGUGCUGGCAGUGGACAGCCAAGGCUCUGUCAGCACCCUUCACCUCCUGCCACAAGCCACGGGAGCUGUGGUGCCCCAACUUGAUGCUAAGAGUAUGGUUUUCAAGGAUAGCAUGCCCACUUCCCGCUCCAGCCAGGGGCCCAUCAGCACGGGAGUGCAGGUCAGCCCGGAUCCUGGAAACACAGAAGAUUCAGCCAGCCUGGCAGGACAACGGGGAAGAAGCACUUCCACCACCAUUCAGACGGACAAAUCGUACUUGUCAAAAAUACCUACAGGAGUCGGGGUUGCGGAGGGAAUAGGCUUGUGCCCUGUGGGUGAGUCCUCAGUGUCGUCCUGCUCCCAAACAGACAUCAGCGUGAGUGCCCAAGUCCUCCUGCCAGUCAGUGUUGAAACACAGACAUUCUCCUCCCGGGCCAAAGCCACAUCCUCUAUUGGAGCUCAGACAGACAGCCAGUGCAUGAGCCAAAUUCCCUGCUCCUCCUCAUCUGUGCCCCCAUACAAAACCAGGCAGACCCAGACACACUUUGCCUUGCCACAAUCUGAGGAGAAGGCUCAGGACCAGGCUAUGAUGUGUUCUGACCUAUUUGGCAGUGACUCCCUCAGUGUCUCCACCCAGACAGUUGUGGACAUAGAUGACACCCUCACUUCUGCAGGAAGCAGUCUAUAUGAGGACUCAAAGUCAGCGAGUGGUCUGUGUUUUGGAGUGCAGACAGAUGAGCUCAACUCAAACAACAUGGCAGACAACCAGACCCAAACAAUGACUUUGCUAAGUGACCUAGAAAACAUUCUGUCUGACAGCAUGUCAGGCCACCAGGUGCUCACUGAGGCCUCUACAGGCUGUGGGUCAGGUCUGGGCUCUGUUCAGGAGCAGCACAAUGGCAUUGACUUUGACUUUGAAGAGUUUCUCAAUGCUGUGCACAUUCAGACGCAGACAGAGGAGAGUGAGCUGGGAGGACUGGGUGGUGACACGCCGCUGGAGUCUCUGGACAUCCAGACCCAGACAGACUUCCUGCUGAUGGAUGAACUGGACCAAAGCGAGGGAGCAAGUCGAACCCAAGCCAGUGAUCUGGAGCUAUUCGAUACUCAAACCCAGACUGACCUCAAUUUCCUGCUGAGCGCCGGAAGCCACAUGCCCCUGAGCAGCAUCCUGCGACACUCCAGCUUUUCCAUGAGCACCGAGUCGUCAGAUACAGAAACACAGACAGAUCUCCCUUCAUUUGCCACAGGCCUCUCUGCUCAGGCCCCUGUCAGUCAGGGCGAGCAUGCAAGGCUGCUGAACAGCACAGAGACGCAGACCGUGACCAGCCAGGCAGAAGGCCUCGGACAUCUCUUCCUGACGAGCAACGAAACACAAACUGUCAUGGAUGACUUCUUGUCAGCCGACCUGGCGUGGAAUAUGGAGUCCCAUUUCAGCUCUGUGGAAACCCAGACAUGUGAGGAGCUUUGUGCUCUCUUUCAGCACCCUGAGAAACCCAACAGCUGAAGCCGUCUUAGUGAAGCUGCCUAAGCUUUUUGCAGUACAGGUUUCUCAUGUCUGCCUCUUGCUGUGAGAGGAAUCAGUCUACACUGUCCUCCAGCGGACCACAGUCUUAGCAGUAAGAAGUCUGCGAAAAUGUCUUUGAACAUUCCACUGGAGACACCAUGUCCAGAGCCUUUCCAGGUAUAUCUCCUGACAGCUCCGCUGCACUUUAUUAGCUCAACGGGCAUGAAAUAUCAGCUCCUGUGACAGUUUACAUAUUUAUUUGCACAUAAAGUAACAUAUUGUACGUGUCUUUUCUGAAAUGGCAGUUUACUUCUAUAUUUCAGUGUAUAACCACCAUGACUGGUUUUCGCUGUUUGGUCUUACUAGCAGUUUAAAAAAUAACUCAACAUUUCAUCAAUUUUAGAUUUGCGCUUAAAAGGGAUGACAUCUUCAGCUGUGCGUGACUGUCAAGAAAAGGCUUAUAAAAUUGUCACUCUGUAUGCCAGCUUUCAGACGUGCAUAAACAGCAUGAACAGCUUCAUCUCAGCUGCACAGCAAACAGCACUGCGUGUUUAGUUUACGCAUGUUCGUAAAUGUGCACGAAGCCUUCGCUCGGUCGGCAGCACAGAAGCAUAAAAUAUCUCUUCUCAGCUUGUGCAUUUGACGGCUGCCUCUGCUCAUGUUGCCUUGUCAGCGGCAGCAGGAAUAUAAACCCUGAAUUACAUCUUGCAAGCUUUGCAGCCAGUGGAAAACUUGACCAGUGAGAACGAUCGGCUUUAUGUUUUCCAAGAUAAAACCCCACAAAGCCUUCAACAGUGAACAAGGCAUCGCUCAACACUGUUAAGAUGCAUCUCUGAAGCAUACAGUUACCCAUACAGAUGUGGCACAAUAAUAAUGAAAUGUUUAUGUCUUGUCAGUUGUUGCGCACCUUCCAUUGAAAUGUGUUAGUGAGGUAUGAUGUUGUGAAAACACUUGUUUGCAUCUAGGCCUCUCUAUCUAAGCAGUCAGUUCAAGUCAGUAAACAGAUUAGGCUGUCAUUGUCUUUGACUUAUUCAUUAGCUGGGUGUAAGUGUAUACAGUAGCAGUACUCAGUGCUCGGGUGAUCCAGUAAUGUUACUGUACAGAAACACGUAGUGGAUUAGAGCAGGGUUUAGCAUAGAGUUGUUGUAUGUAUUCACCACCUGAUUCUGACUGAAAGGAGUCCUGUUGAAUAUCUUCUGUUAAAAUCAUCGGAUUUUCCACCAUUAACAAUCAGACACAACAUUUUAAUUAAUUUUAUUUUUCUCUUCUAAGCAACUAAACUUUUAAUUAUGUUUUCCAUUCUACUGUUGCACUGAGUUACCUCAUUAAGCAGAGGCACCACAUGCAGACUAUGCUCUACUAAGGAACCUAGAGCUAUAAGCCUUGAUUAAUUUAUUAAUUUUGUUACAUUGGUGCCUUAAACCAAGUAUAAGCUUUAGUUCUGUAACAGACAAUUUGCUGCUUUAUAAUUAUUAACAUUAACAGAAUUCCAUUAGCAUAUGUUUCGGAAAAUGAACACUAAAAAAUAGUCAGAAUCCUUUCGGUCUUUGCUUUGCAUGUUUAAUCCAUCGUGUAUUUAUGUCUCCAUCAUGGUUGCAUGAACUGUUGGAAUGGUCCUGCUCGUUGUCCAUAGCUCCUAUGGAAAGAUUUAUGUUCUGUCACAUGAAAAUAAUGCUAUGCAGCAUUUUUCGAAGAGAAUUUAUUUGACACCAUCGCACUAUUUUUACGGACGGAUGGUUAAUGCUGUUCCGGUUUGGAGAUGUUUGCAGAAACUGAAGAAUGUACAGAACAUGACACUGUGCCCAAGGACUACAUGUUCUAUUUUUUUGCAUCACACUCAAACAGUUUAAGGAUAAUUUCCCUCGGUUAGUAAUGAUUUUGACACUCAUAUUAAAUGUCAGCAUUUCUUGUAUUGAGAUUAGUACUUCUAGUUUAUGGGUAUUGAAUUCAGAUACAGCAUAGCUGCUCCCUGCUGGUUUAGUAGUACAGGGAAAUGCCUUGCUUUAAAGACAAUUAUGUGUAGAAGUCUUGUCAGUCUCAAGUGUCAGUUACAGUGCUUUAUUUCCUCUCUGUUGGGAGUGCAUGUAGAUAUUUUCCCAGCACAAAAUAUUUGUUUUAGCAAAAUUUGAGUUACUGUUGCCUAUAUGUGUAGAUCUGAUGGUUGCCUUGAUUAAUUGUUGAAGCUACACUACAGAUGCUCUUAAUAAAC